UGAUGCCAGUGUGUCAGGCAGUCCAGUGGCGACCGGGGUAGGAGAAGCACGCUGACGUGUCGCUCUCUCCCCCCUCUGCUUGUGCUCUCGGAUACACACCACUCAGAAUUUCCCCUCUCUCUUUCUCUUCCUUUCUUUCUCACUCGCUCUCCGAAACUGGUGUAGGCAUCGCAUCAAGUACUGAGGGUCGUCGUCGUCGCCGUCGUUCAACGCUGGCUCUUAUUAAGCCUCGCUCUUAAACCGUAGUAGUGUUGAUCCUCAUCUCAUGUUAUCACGAUGAACAUGCUCGCAAGAGCUCUGUUCUAAUACUCAGGGACCAGAAGGAGGCGAGGAGGACUACUCUCUGGAAGAAUUGUAGCGCGGUGGACUUACGCUAACCCUCCAGCCGAUCACUCGGCCCCACCCCCCACCCUCCUCCCUCCAAAAGUGUGCAACGGCAGAUCGCCAAAGGAUCGUCCUUCGAGGAAGAGGUCGACGUUGUAAUUUUUGGGAGGUGCGAAAAGUUCCAUCCUCUCUCUCUGGGGUCGUCGUUGAGCCUUGAAGUUCAGUGACUUCUUGAACGUCCUUCACCUACACCAGCAACACAAAAAACCUCCCCCACCCAAAAUAAAAAAAACAAUAAAAAAAUACCGCGACUGAAACAAGUUGGUGACUUGAAAUCGGAAAUAUUGAAAUAUUUAUCACCUCUUGACUACUGGCCACACCAGCAAUAAGAUGACUUCGCCAGCCUCCUGCCUUUCUCUUCCGACUGCGACCCUAAAGAGUCAACUAACUGCUGUAUAAAUAUAUCACUGCGUAAAGUCACCGGAUUUCAUCGGUGUUAUCAUGGCAAUGCGCUGGAAAGCGUAAAUCAGCCAGGCCGGAUAAAGGCAGCCAGGACAACUGGGUGUGAAUUGGAGUUAAAUGAAAAGUAGAGGACACAGUCGUUCGAAUGUCUCAUCCUACUACACACACCCUAUUUUCUUCUGCUAGCCCAUACUCCUUCGUCAUUGAGGCAAUCAUGCACUUCACCAUGACGUGGCAAAGGUUGUUGGUGGUAGCGUGGGUGCUGAGUGGCGUUUGUGGAGAAGUUAACUCACGUGACCCUCUUGUGGUGCAAACACUCAAAGGAUCCGUGCGAGGAGUUACGCUGAACACUCCAACUGGCCGCCAAGUUGAUGCCUGGUACAGUAUUCCAUAUGCCCAGCCCCCAAUUGGAGAGUUACGGUUUCGUCACCCAAGACCAAUCGAUCGCUGGCAUGGCGUUAAGGACACCAUAACACUUCCAAAAUCUUGUAUCCAACUCCCAGAUACCUUCUUUGGUGAUUUCCCAGGAGCCACCAUGUGGAAUCCCAAUACAGAAAUGAGUGAAGAUUGUCUCUACCUCAACGUAGUCGUUCCAAAACCACGUCCACGUAAUGCUGCCGUCAUGGUUUGGAUCUAUGGAGGAGGGUUUUACUCAGGAACGUCCACUCUUGAUGUCUAUGACUACAAAACUUUGGCAGCUGAACAAAAUGUCAUCAUUGUUGCUCCUCAGUAUCGUGUAGCUUCACUUGGUUUCUUGUACAUGAUGGACUCAGGUGUUCCAGGCAAUGCUGGGUUGUUUGAUCAGUUGAUGGCUUUGCAAUGGGUGCAUGACAACAUCCGCUUUUUCGGUGGAAAUCCCGACAACAUUACUCUCUUUGGUGAAUCAGCUGGAGCUGUAAGUGUCAGCAUGCAUUUGCUGUCGCCCUUAUCGAGAAACCUUUUCAGCCAAGCCAUCAUGCAGUCAGGAUCUGCUACAGCUCCAUGGGCCAUCAUCAGCAAAGAAGAGAGCAUCCUUCGUGGUCUGAGGUUAGCCGAAGCAGUUGGCUGUCCACAUAAUGCCAACAACCUAACCGGAGUGAUCUACUGUCUUCGCCACACCAAUGCCACAACCCUUGUCAGACAUGAACCUUCGAAUGGUAUUUGUGAUUUCCCUUUUGUACCAAUCAUAGAUGGAGCCUUCCUGGAUGAACUACCAAUCAAAUCACUGCGUAAUAACAACUUCAAAAAAACAAAUAUUCUUGUGGGAAGUAAUACUGAAGAGGGCUAUUUCUUUAUCAUGUACUUCCUCCCUUCAAUCUUCCGCCGAGAAGAGGAUAUCUAUGUAACUCGACCAGAAUUUGAAACAUCCGUUGGUAAAUUACACCCUUACUUCAACGAUGUUGUCCGUCAAGCCAUCAUGUUUGAGUACACUAACUGGCUAAACCCUGAUGAUGGUGCUAUGAACCGAGACGCCAUUGACAAAAUGGUUGGAGACUAUCAUUUCACCUGCAAUGCUAAUGAACUGGCUUACUACUAUGCUCUGGCUGGGAACAAUGUUUACUACUACUACUAUCAACAUCGCUCCUCACAACACCUGUGGCCUAAAUGGAUGGGAGUUUUACACGGUGAUGAAAUCGCUUUUGUCUUUGGAAACCCUCUGAACCCAGAGAAGCAGUACACACUCGAGGAACAAGACCUGUCACGCCGCAUGAUGACCUACUGGGCAAACUUUGCUAAGACAGGGAACCCAAGUGAAGGCACCAACAAUGCGUGGACUGAGACAUUCUGGCCGGUGCACACAGCGCUGGGAAGGGAAUACCUGACUCUCUCCAUCAACAGCACUGCCAUCGGAAGAGGACCGCGGCUCAAAAAAUGCGCUUUCUGGAAAAAAUUUGCACCAAAGCUUUUGCAUUUGACAGGGAACGUGCGUAACAAAGGACCAGAGCAAUGCCCAAGCACGGCGGGCGGCAGCGCCAUCGUAAGGGUGUGGGCUACAGGCAUCCGAGGUGGAACCAUGAGCGGCUGGUUGACAAUGUGGCUGCCUCUCCUCACUGCCCUUCUCCUGCUCAUAUACUCUCCUAUCAAGCGACCCUGAGAGGUUCCAUCGCCUACCUCUAUGUCAACACCAACAACAAAGCAGCGAAAACAACAUCAUCAUCAUCAACAACAACAACAACUACAACAACAACAAGAACAAUUAUAACGACGUCCUCGAGACAGCUACAUCGAUAGUCAUUUGAGGAACCCAACAAGUCUGGAAGAGCUGUUUUGGAAGAGAUCGUAGACGAAUAUUUACAAAAUAGCUGUUGAUAUUGGUAGAGGUCAGAGAAAAAAGCUUUCUAACUGAGAGGAGGUUUUCAAGUGGGGAAUAAAGGAGAAAGAUGAGGAGGUAUAAGAAGAAGAAGAAGAAGAAGUUGAAGAAAUCGUGUGGGAGGGAGAUUUUCUGACGAUUGUCAUGAUGAUGAAUGAAAGAACGAACAUUACCUAGUAGUAGUAGUAGUAGGGGCAGGGACGGGAGAGCGACGCCAAAACAAGACCGAGUGUUAGAAGAAGUCGCGCCGCUUGACGCAUAAGCUUAGCUUUGUUGAAGACAAUGAUUCUACCAUGACAAGUGUUGCUGUUUGUUGCCGUUUAGUAUGUUUAAUAAUGAUGAUAAUAAAAGUAACAAUAAUCAUAAUAAUAAUGAUAAUAUGAUAAUAAUAACGAUAAAGUUAAUCAUAAUUAAUAAUAAUAAUAAUAAUAACAAUAAUAAUAAUAAUAAUGAUAAUGAUAAUAUUGAAUGGCUUCCCUCACACACAUACAGGAAGGAGUCCGUUCUUUAGAUAAAUUCAGAGUGCUAUGUUAGAAAGGAUGCUACUAUAUCUCGCCCGCUAUGUGCUAAUACUAAUAAUAAUAAUAGACGCCGCUGACAAGUAGCAGUGUUGAUGACACGAUCCAGAUUAAGCAUAGAUUAGAGCUUAAAACAAGUAAUCUGCAGAUGACAGAAUUUACAGUUAACUUAUCGUUUCUAUUUCUUAUUAUUAACAAGGGAUGAGAGAACCGGAUGUUCGGAUAGUCAUUAGGCCUUCUACUUCGGGGUGGAGGGGGGCGGGGGUGAGGGAAGGAAAGGGGCAGCUUGAUUGAUGGGUCUUUGGGUGGCUAAACAUUCUGUACUUAUUUAGGUCUCAGUUGAAGAAGCAAAACAGCAACAAAGACGACCAUCUUUUCUCCUGUGGCACCGUCACUGACCUCGGGGUAUUGUGUCAGGUCAAAACUGAUGUAUUUAUUCUUUCGCUGAAUGAGAGAGAGAGAAGACAAGCGGAAUAAACGCUCUCUUUGGUCAUAUUUAAUCUUGUAACAUCGUUAAGGAUUCCUUCACCAAAAGGAGCUGGUAUAAGAAGAAUUAAAUAUUGGAAGAAAAAGUACUGGUAAUAUAGCAUUGCUGUAACAAUGUCUGAGACAUGUCUACUUUGAAUGUAUUGUGCACUCAGAGAAUAAGCAGGUUUUUGGGAUUAUGAAAUGUUUAUAUCUUUAGCUGUACAUUACAUAAUUAUGUUUGUGCAUUGACAGUAUUGGUAUGUGUAUAAAUAAGAGUCACACACAUACAUGUUUUACAUAAACAUACAUAUACUAUGUGUAUAUAUGUAUAUAUAUGUACAUUCAAACAUAUUUAUGUAUGUUUUAUGAAUAUGCAUGUACAUUUAGUGUGUGCGUGUGUUAAAAAACCAAAAGUUCUCCCAUUAAAAGAAGCAUUAAAUUAAAAAUGAAGAAACAAGGAUCAUUUAACUUCAGGUAAACUCACGGCCUUUUCCCAUCAUUUUAUAUAUGAAAAACAAGAAUAAGCAUUCUCUCUCUCUCUCUCUCUCUCUCUCUCUCUCUCUCUCUCUCUCUCUCUCUCUCUCUCUCUUCUCUCUCUCCGUUGUAGUUUAAAGUAGCCAUUGUCUCCUUAGGCGUGGUUUUCACAUAAACUUAUUUUGCUUUGACCACUUAAGAGAAUGCUGAUUUGCAGAAAGAGUAUCAGGGUUUGAAGCUUUAGAAAAAGAGGAGAAAAAGUGUAAACUUCAAAUAAGAAAAAAUAACGAGUUGGAAAUGAAAAUCACAAGCAGCCCAGUGCCCUCGGCUGACAAGAAGCAGAAGAAGAAGCUGCGCUUCCUAUAUCCCGCCAGAAUGGCUGCAUUCCUUUUGUUUUGCAUCGCAGUAGAAAACGUACACAACAAGGGGGAACUACAUUAGCCGUUUUGAGGGGAAAUAGACGAGCUUUGCAGCCUCGCAACCAAUCCUUCUCUCCCCCCUCCCCCCCCCCCCUCCUCUCCUCCUCACUAAGAAAGAGGGGGGGAAAAGAAACCAGUUUAAUGACAACAAUUUACUCCCACAAGCCCCCCCCCCCCCUCGACCAAACUAAUCACCAACUAGUUGCCCCCCCCCCUACCCUCCAGCCCAGUGUCCCUCCAGGUUAAUGUCUGGUGUGGCACAAUGUAUCCCCUUCGAGUAAACUCGGUACAGUCACUUGCAAGCGAAGGGAGAAAGCUUUAUAGCCUUGAUUCUUUUCUUUCUGCGAACCAACAGCAGCGACGGAUGAGCGCUCGACCUCACCCGCUCCACUGACGACUUCUCAAGAAACACACUUCCUCCUCUCUCCCUCUCCCAGCCUGCACUUCCUUCCUUCCUUCCUUCCUUUCUUUCAUUGGAGCAGAAGAUGAAAUCUUCACAUCUCUCUAAUCAUCCUCAGUAUCUUCUUCGGUUCUAAUCUCUAACGUUAUGGUGAAGGAUAAUGAACGAUGAGGGCAUUAAUAACAAAAGGCAUUACAGGCUCUCUCUCUCUCUCUCUCUCUCUCUCUCUCUCUCUCUCUCUCUCUCUCUCUCUCUCUGUGGUCGCGUGUGAAACGAUUUUCAACAAAACUUAUUAUGCCCUUGUAAUUGCUUAUUAAGUAAUUAAAGUUUUAAGUGGCUAUUUAUCUCACAUACUCGUAUUUGUAUAUGAAUAUAUUCUCUAUAUAUACAUAUGAAGCUUGUGAGUCUAUACCUAUGUCAGCAUAUACUAAGUGUGCGUGUAAACCUGAAUGAGUCACGUUUGUCCGUGACGAAAACCCAUUGCCAUUCUGAGCAUAAUAUUUCCCUAAGUGAAAAUCUGAAUCUCAUUUAGUAUAUUUUUGUAAGAAUACGAUUAUGAUCGGCAUUAGGAAAUUGUCCAUUCUUUCCAUGAAUUAUUUUGCAUCUAUGUGAACCCAUCAUUCAAAUCCUUCAUCGUUUAUUCUUGAAUCUUCUAAGUUGGAUCUCUUUCCCUUCAUCUCCUCAUCUUCUGCGACAAUUUCCCCUCCUCCGUUUCUUCUUGAUUUCCUUUCCCUUCGUUGCUUAAGGAUAUCAAAAAUAAAAAAUAGAUAAAAACCAAAAAACAAAUCUCGUCAACGGUAGAUCUUGUUCUCAGAAGACACGCAUAGGCACACACCUGCUGUGCACGGCAUUGCUGAACUUCCUCAUUAUUGUAGAUAUAUAUCUAAAGUUUGCCGUUAUAUUAUUAUUUUUUUCAAAACUGAAUGUCUAUUGGUGAUUAAUCAAGGAUAAUACCUCUAAUACUAAUUGUCUGCAAAGAAUUAAAUUAUUGUUGUUAGUAAUAAUA